AUGGAGUCUAAAACACAGGAUACCAGAGAAUCUUACGAUUUCGUCGUAUGCGGAGGGGGCACCGCUGGCUGUGUCGUGGCUGCAGGCUUAGCAGAAGACCCAAACAUCACGGUUCUGGUUAUCGAAGCCGGUCCGCACAAUGAGCACCUUGAGAACGUCCACAUGGUCGGCGGCUGGGCGGACAAUUUUGACAAGGGAACUGAUUGGAAUAUCAUCACGCCGCCCGGAACUGGGAUCAAUAACCGCCAAGUGAAAUUGAGCAGGGGAAAGUUCCUCGGCGGCUGCUCCGGCUGCAAUGGCACGCUGUGCAUUCGCGGAUCCAAGCAAGACUACGAUGAUUGGCAGGUGCCGGGUUGGAGUGGCGAAGAGUUUUUCGAGUACAUGCGGAAAGCCGAGUCGUUUGUUAGCAAACCUUGGUUCAAGGCCUCAGAAGUGUCUCACGGAUACGGCGGCAAGCUGGGUGUAGAACCACAUGAUUUAGCCCCGAUCUCACAGCUGAUGCUGAAGUCCAUGGAGUCCAAAGGCCUUAAACUCGACGACGACAUGUUUUCACACGGAGAAAAUCCCCACGGCUGCGGACAUGCGCCGCGAACUGUGACCAACGGCCUUCGAACGACAGGGGCUGACUUCGUUACGAAUGUGAAUGCCAGGAAAAACAUCAUAAUCUUGACGAAUGCUCACGUCGAAAAGGUCAUUCUAGAGCGUGAUGCAGAUGGAGAGCUUAAGGCCACUGGUGUGAAGUUCAUUUCAGGAGAUGGGCAGGCAGUUGAGGUUGUCGCGAAAAAGGAAGUGAUCGUGAGUGGCGGUGCUUACUGCAGCCCGAAUAUCUUGAACCGGUCCGGAAUUGGCGCCAAGGAGGAGCUAGAAAAAGUCGGCGUUGCUACUCUCGUUGACCUGCCUGGAGUUGGAAAGAAUUUGACGGAUCAUCUUAUUGUUUUCAUCUUCUAUGAAGUCGAACCACCUGGAUUGACGACUGACCACCUUCUUUAUCAUUCAGGCGCCUUGGCUCAGUCAUACAAACUUUGGUUGACGGAGAAGAAGGGCGUCUUGUCCACAUUCCCAUUCGGUGCCUUUGCUUUUGCGCGUCUUGAUGAGCGCUUGAGUGACUCUGAGCUGUGGAAUAAGGCGCCGCGUGACGCGGGUCGGGACCCGAUGGGACUGACACCAAGACAACCCAACGUCGAGUUUUUCACGACUGAAUGCUAUGGCGGCCCCAAGCAAUAUUCUGACUUCCCGACCAAUGGAAAGUCGGCCUUUAGCAUCAUAGCAGAGCUUUUCGCACCCAGGUCACGAGGAACAGUGACUCUGAAAGAUGCAAACCCACUCUCGGCUCCCGUGGUCGACUGUCAGUACUUGACCGACCCUUUGGAUGUGGAAGUUCUCGCAGAAGCAUGUCGUUUCGGAAAUGAAAUCGUCAUGCAGGGCUCGGGAACCAAAGACGUUGUCAAGGGUUCCUGGCCACCGGAGGCUAGGCACCACACAUUCUCUUCCCGUGAGGAUUGGGUGCCGUUUGUCAAGAACAACGCGACAACAUGCUAUCAUGCUUCUGGUACAUGCCGCAUGGGUGACUUGUCGGACGAGCGCACUGUUGUCGACCAAAACCUGUGCGUGAAGGGAGUUAAGUCCCUGCGCGUUGUUGAUGUUAGCAUCAUGCCGAUUCUUCACGGUGGCCAUACGCAGAUGCCUGCAUUCGGUAUCGGGGAGAAGGCUGCUGAUCUUAUCAGGAAGACCUGGAAACUGAGCUCAGAGGCAAAAUAG